CUAGUAGUCGUCAAAUAAUCAUAGACGAAAAAAUCUUGUGUUGGAUAUACUUUUUAUUUUUUAUUUUUUUGCCUUAAACGCAAGCAAAGCAUAACCCAAAUUAACAAGCCAGUUCAAUUCUAACGCUAAAACAAUUACUCACAUUACACAACCUUCUUCUUUCUUCUUCUAGAGAGAGAGAGAGAGAGAGAGAGGAAUGGAGGAGCGACCGGUUAGAGUAUAUGCGGAUGGAAUCUAUGAUCUCUUCCACUUCGGCCACGCCCGUGCUCUCGAGCAAGCCAAGAAACUGUUUCCAAAUACUUAUCUGCUUGUUGGAUGCUGCAAUGAUGAACUCACCCACAAGUAUAAGGGCAAAACUGUUAUGAAUGAGAAGGAACGAUAUGAGUCUCUCCGCCACUGCAGAUGGGUUGAUGAGGUUAUCCCUGAUGCACCAUGGGUGCUUACACAGGAGUUCAUUGACAAACAUCAGAUUGACUAUGUUGCACAUGAUUCUCUUCCUUAUGCUGAUGUGAGUGGAGCUGGAAAUGACGUCUAUGAAUUUGUUAAGUCCAUUGGGAAAUUUAAGGAAACAAAACGGACUGAUGGGAUAUCUACAUCUGAUAUUAUAAUGAGGAUUCUCAAAGAUUACAAUCAGUAUGUGAUGCGUAAUUUGGCCCGUGGAUAUACAAGAAAGGACCUAGGUGUUAGCUAUGUCAAGGAAAAGCGGCUUAGAGUGAACAUGGGUCUGAAGAAAUUGCAGGAGAGAGUGAAGAAACAACAAGAGAAAGUUGGAGAGAAGAUACAAACUGUAGCAAAAACUGCUAGAGUACAUCGUAAUGAAUGGGUGGAUAACGCAGAUCGAUGGGUUGCUGGAUUUCUUGAGAUGUUUGAAGAAGGUUGCCAUAAAAUGGGAACAGCCAUUAGAGACCGAAUACAAGAGCGGCUUAGGGUGCAGCAGUUAAAAGGACUUAUAUAUGAUGAGGAAGUUGACAAUGAGUACUAUGAAGACUCUGAAGAAGAAGAGGAAGAAGAAUACUAUGACUAUGAAGAGGAAAAAUGAGUUGCUCUUUUAUGGGGCGCUGAUUUUGUUCAUGGUGUCAAAAGCAUAGUAGUUUAUAUUAACCUCCACUCGGGUGAUCUUCCUGGCAGAUACGGGAUAGACUUAAGCUUGGAAACCAGUUAAAGGCUAGCCUGGAUCUUUCAUGAUCAGUAAUUAGUAUAUGCAUAUCUGGUUUGAGCAAAGAAGAUUAGUAUAUGCAUACCUGCUUUGAGCAAAGAAAAGCAGUUGCGUGUUGGAAAUAGCUGGUGAUAACAUAUGUAUGGUAAAAGGCAAAACUUGUGUGAAUGGUUUUGGAAGUGGUAUUGAUUUGUAUGUAAGGUAAAAAAUACUUAAAACUUUUGAAAGUUAGACCAAGCAAACCAAACUUUAUUAACUUGCCUUUUUACCCAAAGACCAAAGUCAGCAAUAAGGCUCACUAUCCAAAAAACCUAAACCUUCCCCACACGACACCUUCUUAUCCCACUUUUCCAUAUUUUCUCAUUUUCAACUAAAGCUCUCUAAGCAAAAAGGAAGACAAGGGAAACACGAAAAGAGAGAUCAUUUCAAAUAUUCAUACAAGCAUACAAUCAGCUCUCACAAGUCACACCACACUUAGGUCAUUAGUUACUAUCUUUAAUCCCUUCUUGACUCAUAUACAAAGGAAACCAUCUUCACUCUACUUCAUUUAACCUUACAGCACUAAAAAGACCCUUCAAGUAAUGAAAGUUAUUCAUGAAGGAAGAGCCCAAAUUCCUUCGGUUGUUGAUUAAUUAGAGGAUUAACCCUAAUCUUUUGAAGCUUUAUGUAUGAACUCAUAAUAGUUUCUUGUUUUAUAACCACUAGAUUCACAAUUAUUCUUCCCACUGAACUUGUAUUAUUUUGCUAUCAUUUUGUUGUUGAACUCGAAACCAUUUUUGUUGUUCAAUUUGUAUUGCUUUACUGCUUUUUUUA